UCUUUCGCAUAGAUUUUUCGAAAUUCGGUUUUUUUUAUCAUUUGAUGACUUCGAACAUUUGUUGUUGCCGUUGCGUUCUGUGUACUACAUCUCGUUCGUUUGCUGUUGUUGUGCGCUCUAAGCUAGCUAUAGAUUUUUUGUCUCGAGCAUAAUUAAACUUUUGUUCGGCGCUUAGUGGCGUUUGGCAAAUAGUCGCGGUUUGUUUGCCGCUCAAAGCAAAAGUUCUUUUUUCGGCGCAUCAGCGUGUUUCUAACAUUCGUACGCGCGCGUCUCACUACAGUUCCUCGCUUUAGCUUUAAUCAAAUUGAAAAUUACUGUCAUCCUACAAUAUUUCUCGUGUGAAAUGUCCUCACUACUUCAGAUACGCUCUCAACGUCGGUUGUCGCUUCUUAUUUUCAUUGUGUUCGUCUUCAAAGGAUUAUUUGUAACGGGCGCCGUGCAGAGGACGCUGGAGGAGGCGCGUCUGGAGCGUCAACGUCUGGUACAAAAAUAUAUUAAGACAUUGAAUAAGGAGGAGGGUGCCAUACGGUUGGUGGGCGGCGAAACUGGAUAUGAAGGCAACAUCGAAGUGCUACACAACAACAAAUGGGGCGCCAUUUGUGAUGAUGAGUGGGAUGAGUUGGAGGGACGUGUAGUCUGCCGACAAUUGGGUUAUCCGGGCUUGAAACGUGUAACACACGAUGGCUACUUUGGCUUAGCGCGACGCCGCUUCUGGAUGGAUAAUAUGUAUUGCGAGGGUAAUGAACAAGAACUCACCGAUUGUCAUUUCGAAGGAUGGGGUACAAACGAUUGCGAGGCCAAUGAAGCGGCCGGUGUUGUAUGUGAGAGACCAGGCACGGAACGCACCACGAAGGCGCCUUUACUACCACAACUGCCGAAAUUUACGUUGCCGCAUGCUUAUCGCAUCGACUUGCGGCUGCGUGGUGGACGACGUGCCAAUGAAGGACGUGUGGAGGUGCGUAUUGAUAACGGUCGUUGGGGUACCAUUUGUUCGGAUGGUUGGUCGCUGCUGGAGGCGAAUGUGGUGUGCCGUCAGUUGGUGUUGGGUUUUGCACGUGAUGCAUUGCAGACGGACUACUUUGGUGGUUUGGAUAUGGCACCAGCCGUGUUGAGUGGCACCGAGUGUUACGGCAACGAGACCACUUUGGCGCAGUGUCUCCAUCACGAUCACUUGCGACCGCCAGCAGAGUGCCAUGGCGAACGUAAUCAUGUGGCGGUGGUCGUGUGUGAUCACCUUGCGCCCGAUUUAGUAGUGGAUUUCUUUGAGCUUGAACGUACCGCGCACCUGGAAGAUCGUCCAAUGGCGCUGAUGCAGUGCGCGAUGGAAGAAAAUUGUGUGGCGAAUGAAGCCUAUGACAUCCAGCGCGACGAUCCGAAUUGGCGCUAUGUAACGCGGCGGCUGCUUAAGUUCACGGCUAGUACGCUAAAUGCGGGCAACACGGAUUUCAGGCCGUUCAAGGAGAAGCAUCUUUGGGAGUGGCACAUGUGUCAUAUGCAUUUUCACAGCAUGGAGGUCUUUGCCACAUUCGACGUCUACGAUUUGUUGGGUAGCAAAGUAGCUCAAGGUCAUAAGGCCUCAUUCUGUUUGGAAGACAAUCAAUGCCUGUCCGGUGUACCCAAGAAAUACAACUGCGCAAAUUUUGGCGAUCAAGGUAUUUCCGUUAAUUGCUCUGAUAUUUAUCUCUACAACCUGGACUGCCAAUGGGUAGAUAUUUCUGAGUUGGACACUGGCAGUUACAUUCUAAAAAUUUCCGUCAAUCCAGAGUUUAAAGUGGCUGAAAUGAGUUUCGACAACAAUGCCGCGGUUUGCAAUCUUUUAUAUACUGACACUUAUGCUCGCGUGGACGGCUGUCGACUGGCCAGGCCUUAAGUUUUUCUCUAAGCAUACAUACUAUAUUUGAAGAAAAUGCUCGCUCGAGGAAGUCCAUCGCCUUCACAAUAGUGCCAAAUAACAUAUAACUGAUAGAAUAUGUAAAGCCAAAUACAAUAAAGAAUAAUUUUAUUUUAAAAAGUAGGAAAA